CGCUCCGUCCCAUUCACUGUACGCCGACUGCGCCUGCCUGAGUGGCCCCGAGACAUCCCACCACACCGUCUAUAUUUGCGUCGCUUCGUCAGCACUUCUACAGCCCCUCCAACUCCAGCUUCAGCCCCAUCCUACACUACCGCGCCGAGCUGCAGCCAUGUCCGGCAGUGGGGCGAGAGAGGCCGUCUUCGCGACCCGGCAGUCGCUGGGUAUGAUGAAAAGCAAGCUCAAGGGUGCCCAGACUGGCCAUGAUCUGCUGAAGCGAAAGAGUGAAGCCCUGACAAAACGUUUCCGAGAAAUCACUCGCCGCAUCGAUGAGGCCAAGCGCAAGAUGGGCAGAGUCAUGCAGGUCGCUGCCUUCUCCCUCGCCGAAGUCACGUAUGCAGUUGGCGGUGACAUUGGCUACCAAAUCCAAGAAUCUGCAAAGCAAGCGCGCUUCCGCGUGCGCACCAAGCAAGAGAAUGUGUCUGGUGUUUUCCUCCCGCAAUUCGAGAGCUUCACCGUCGAGCAGAACAACGACUUCGCCUUGACAGGAUUGGGCAAGGGUGGUCAGCAAGUGCAGAGGUGCAGAGAGACAUAUGCUAGAGCCGUUGAAACGCUAGUAGAGCUGGCCAGUCUGCAGACAGCCUUCGUCAUAUUGGAUGAGGUAAUUAAGGUUGUCAACCGCCGUGUCAACGCUAUUGAGCACGUCAUUAUUCCCCGCACCGAAAACACCAUCAAAUACAUCAACUCCGAGCUGGAUGAGCUGGAUCGAGAAGAGUUUUACCGCCUGAAAAAGGUCUCCAAGAAGAAGCAGAAUGAUGCUGCAGCGGAAGAAGCAGAAAGGGUCGCAAAGAAAAAACAAGCACAGGAGGCGGAGACCCAGGCGCCCCAGCAGGCUGUCGAGACCAAGGACGUGCUUGGCGACGAGGACAACGAGGACGUCAUUUUCUGAGCACUCAGCCGUCGCUUGCCUUUGUGAGAUUGACCCCUUCCUCUGUUGCGACCUCUGUUUCCUUGAUCGACUCAGCUUGCAGUUGGCGGUAUUCCUUCUUGAAAGUCUCAGCUUCCCAGUAUGCAGUUACAGCCUUCUCAUCCCAGGAGAUCAUAUCGAUCCAACUGUGCUCUUCUUUGUCUUCUCUAGAGGGGACAUAAGUAUUGUAUCAUAAUAUUGCCAUAGUAAGCGUUCAGACAACAGGACAUCUAUUGUGUCGGCCCGCAUCUGGUGUUCAUUGUUGAACGAGGUAUCAUAAAAGCAUAAACUCAGAAGCAAUAAAUCCAUAUGCAAUAACCUACU